AUGCUUUCAAACGGCCUGAAAUCGUGCCAUUGGUUAGUGCUAUCGGCUAUCUUACUGCUUGUCGAGACCGCACGUGCGCUUCCUGCAGACGAGCAUAGUGAGUUGUCCGUUUCAAAUACCGAGUCUGAGUCACCUGUAACAGUGCCUGACUUCGUUGCCACGAGCGAAUGGCAGGAGCUGCUACCUGAUCAAGUUGUGCCGCGGGGGCUACACAUUCGUUUGAACAUGGAAACUGGUAAGCGUGAGGCGAAGAUGGUAGAGACAGACAAAGAGUCAGAGGAACACAUGCGCGCGAUAGCUAUCGGAUCAAACGCUCAAGAAGCUACAAUUUCAGUGGCGACUGAUAUUUCCGGAAACGUCGUGAUGGGAGAAAUUGCGGAUGACAUACACCUUGCUACCGAUGAAGGGGAUAAAUAUGAUGCUUUCGAGGAUUACAGUGGUAAUGGAGAGUCUAACGAUGGGGAUCAAGACGAAGUACCACCAGCAGAGCCAAAUUGGAAUCACGAGAAAAUGUAUGAGGUUCUGCAGGCUCUUCCCGAGCCACCUAAAAUUGAUGGCAUGGAUAUACAUUUGGCUCACGAUAAGCUGACUGCGGCGGAAUUCCGCAAUCAAAUUGUCACUCUCUGGAAGAGGCGUCAAGCAGAGCUUAAAGUGGCCCUGGAGUCGCUUCAGGACGACGCCAAGUAUCUGGGCAAGUUGUUGCAACAGCUUAACGAGGCUGAACAAAGGGGUGACACGGAUAAUCAGCUGUCUGUGCUGGAGGUGCUCGAAUGGGAAGUGCAGGAUCUCGACAAAACACACGUAUUUAACUACAUUGGUGGAUUUGGCGUUGUAGCUAAGUAUUUGAAUUCAACCAUCUUACCAGUUCGAGCAAGUGUCGCGUGGGUUAUUGGAUCCGCGGUCAAAAAUUAUAGAGAUGGUCAGGAGUGGGCAAUUGAUGCCGGAUGCAUUCCAUUGCUGAUUGAAUCGUUAAAACUAAAGUCUUCAUCUGACAAGAAAGAUGCGACAGAUGUUCUUGAAGUGAAAAAGAAAUCAAUUUAUGCACUGUCCUCCAUUAUACGAGCUAAUGCGCGGGGACAGCGCCUAUUCUUGCUCCAUGAUGGGCCGGGGAUUCUUGCUGGAAUAUUUAAUGAUGCUUACCCUGCAAAACUUCAGUUAAAGGUGCUUUUUUUCGUGUACGACCUGAUGGUUGAAGCCUCAGCAAUGUCGCUGCAUCACACCACCGGACUAGAAUCCGCCUUGAUUAACCUUGCUAAAACUUUUCAGUCUUUGGAGUGGUGUGAGCGAUUUUCAACGACUUUUGUCACAAUGGCACCGCAACUUGCUCACCGACAGGUUAUAGAGCUUGUCGAUGCCUUAAGGCAUCAACUUCCGAAAUGCCAACAAAUUUACCAGGUAUCAGGUGUCAAGAGCGUUGUAGGGGUGCUGUCGAAGCGCUUAACCGAAGAUGCGGAGCUAGAUGCAGAAGAGAAAAAAGAGUUGGCCAUGCUUUUUGAAGAUUUUCAAAGUCGUUUGUGA